GCUUAAUUGUUUUCUUCUUUUCAUAGGAAAGGAAUAAUGCUGUCAUCAUGUCUGCACACUCCAUGCUCUGUGAACGAAUCGCCGUAGCCAAGGAACUGAUCAAGAGAGCAGAAUUACUUUCUAGGUCACGAAAAGGCGGCAUAGAAGGCGGUGCAAAGCUGUGCAGCAAGUUGAAGUCAGAACUCAAAUUCUUACAGAAAGUAGAAGCUGGAAAAGUGGCUAUUAAGGAGUCCUAUUUACAAAGCACAAAUUUAACACACCUCCGAGCCAUUGUGGAGUCAGCAGAAAACCUGGAAGAGGUCGUCAGUGUUCUUCAUGUCUUUGGUUACACAGAUGCCUUGGGAGAAAAGCAGACCCUUGUGGUGGAUGUGGUUGCAAAUGGUGGUCAUACUUGGGUGAAAGCCAUUGGCCGGAAGGCGGAAGCUCUGCAUAACAUUUGGCUGGGCAGGGGCCAGUAUGGUGACAAAAGCAUCAUUGAGCAGGCGGAGGACUUCCUGCAGGCCAGCCACCAGCAGCCAGUGCAGUACAGCAACCCUCACAUCAUCUUUGCCUUUUACAACAGUGUCUCCAGCCCGAUGGCUGAGAAGCUGAAAGAAAUGGGCAUAUCUGUGAGGGGAGAUAUAGUAGCAGUUAAUUCACUGUUAGAUCACCCUGAAGAGCUCCAGCUAAGUGAGAGUGAGUCAGAUGAUGAGGGCCCUGAACAUUUGCGAGUCACCAGAGUAGACCGAGACAAUAUCCUAGCAAGCGUUGCUUUCCCAACAGAGAUUAAGGUUGAUGUUUGCAAAAGAGUGAAUCUGGACAUCACUACUUUAAUCACAUACGUCUCUGCCCUCAGCUACGGAGGCUGCUACUUCAUCUUCAAAGAGAAAGUGCUCACAGAACAAGCAGAGCAAGAAAGGAAAGAGCAGGUUCUACCCCAGCUGGAGAUGUUUAUGAAGGACAAGGAGUUGUUUGCUUGCGAAUCUGCUGUCAAAGAUUUUCAGUCUAUUCUAGAUACCUUAGGAGGGCCUGGGGAAAGAGAGAGGGCCGCUAUGUUAAUCAAGAGAAUUAAUGUGGUCCCAGACCAGCCUUCGGAGCGUGCCUUGAGAUUAGUGGCCAGUUCAAAGAUCAAUAGUCGUUCCUUGACCAUUUUUGGGACAGGAGAUACCUUGAAAGCCAUCACGAUGACUGCCAAUAGUGGUUUUGUCCGAGCUGCCAACAACCAGGGUGUUAAGUUUAGUGUUUUUAUUCAUCAGCCGAGAGCACUUACUGAGAGCAAAGAAGCUCUAGCCACCCCUUUACCAAAACACUAUGUAACUGACAACACACACUGAAGAUAACCUUUAAAUGUUGUCGUGGAAAUACGUUAUACCAAAGGUUGGGGUAGUCACAACUUCAUUGAGAGAAAAACUAGGUCUUAGAAAAAAAAAAAAAUCAUACUUGGGAUUCUUAACUUGGUAGAGUUGUGUUUCUCAUUCACAAAAUAUUUAACCUCCUGAAAUCUUUAAAUAUCAUUCUUAUUUACCAAACGGUCUGUUGCAGCUAAGCAGGAAUACAUCUAGGUAAGGCUUUUGGCUGCACCACAGGACUUUUUGUUUGAUUCAAUAAGCCUAAAAACCUCUUUGCUGGUAAUCACAUCUCACGAACUGUGACUACACUACACUGCGCAUCAAAUCUCUGGAGAAAACUAAAGCUUGUUUUUCAUCGUAGUGUGUCAUCCAUUGAUGUGGCUUGAGGCUGGGAGUUAAUUGUUUACGAUUUUAGAUUAAAAAAGCUAUGUCCCAUCAAUAAUGAAAAGAGACUUAUUUGUUGCGUGUUAAGCCCAGUCGUACGGGUAUGUUUACGAAGUGCAUUAAUACAGAAAAUAAAGUUAAUUCUGAUUGUGUGA